AUGUCUGUUUGUACGAUGUUGUUUAUUGCUGCCAUUACUGUUUCGUGGUCUGGUACCCCAAUCACAGCUAUGAACAUUCUGGCUAUAGAGCCGAUUACGGGAAAAAGCCAUUGGAAUUUCAUGAGCGCACUUCUCCGAGCUUUGACAGACAGUGGUCAUCGUGUAACCGCGUUCACUCCAAUCCUCGACGGAGAGCGUAUCAACUAUACGGAUAUUGAUAUAUCGAAAGAAAUUUCCACGUUGGAUGUCGGCAUCGACUCGCAAUUCGUAAUGGAAAGCUUUCGAAAAUCUACGGUAAUGAUACCUUUGGUCAUGAACUGGACCCGUUGCAUUUGCGAUAUCAUCAAUGAACAUCCCAAGAUGAAAGAUAUAUUGAAUAGCGAUAAGUCUGGUUACGAUUUAAUUAUUGUCGAACGAGCUGCAUCUGAAUGUGUCACUUACGUAGCCGCCAAAUUAGACGUACCGAUCAUAUUUUCGUCGCCUUCGCCGUUGAAAACGACUAUUGAAUAUAGUUUAAUAGGAAACAAUCCGAAUCCAGCAACCGUGUCUCAUGUAAUGGCCUAUCACUCGGUCCCGAGAACGUUUCUUCAGAGGCUUGAAAAUUCUCUAUUUUUCGCGUAUAGCGCAUUUUUAAGUGAACGAAAAGAGUCUGAAAUGAAGACAAACAAUCCUAGCAAGCACGAUCUAGUGGAACCAGUUAAGCCGUCUCUCGUGUUUGUUAAUACGUACUACGUCACCGAGGCUCCAAGACCGUUUCCACCGAACGUCAUACAAGUAGGCGGAAUUCAUUUACAACCACCCAAGGAUGAUAUUAUACCUGCAGAUAUUUUAGAGUAUAUCGAUAAUUCACCACAUGAAGUAAUUUACUUUACAUUUGGAUCGAUCGUGGAUAUGUCAACGUUGCCGGAUCACAUUCAAAACGCAUAUAAAGACGGGUUGUCGCAAGUUCCUCAAAGAGUAUUGUGGAAGUACGAAGGCGAAAUGAAAAACAAACCACCAAAUGUGAUGACACGUAAAUGGUUUCCUCAGCGUGAAAUACUUUUGCAUCCCAAAGUAAAAUUAUUCAUCAGUCACGGAGGUAUAUCUGGCGUGUAUGAAGCUAUAGAUGCCGGCGUUCCAGUUCUUGGACUUCCCAUGUUCUAUGAUCAGCCUAGGAAUAUAGAAAAUUUAGUAGACGCAGGCAUGGCAAUAUCUAUGGACUUACUAUCCGUAACUAGAGAGAAACUUUCUAAUGCUAUAAAUGAAUUAAUUAACAACGAAAAAUACCGGAUAAAUGCCAAUAUCGUUUCUAAUUGUUUCAAAGAUCGACCCAUGAGUCCGGUAAGUUCGGUUGUUUAUUGGACAGAAUAUGUUCAUCGUCAUAAAAGCUCAACUCACUUAAAAUCUUACGCCUUCGACCUGACAUGGUAUCAAUACUAUCUUUUGGAUGUGUUUGCUGUAAUAUUAUUAUUAAUUGUAUCGACCGUUUAUAUAACUUAUAAAACACUUAUUUUGUUAAACUACCAUUACUUUUCUCAAACCAGUCAAAAUUUCAAAAUCUAUUUCCUCCAUGCACUGAAUGGGGAAAUCAGUGGUUAUUUGCUAUUCACAGAGAAAAUUGUAUUCCUUCCAAGUACCAUAGGACUUGAAGACUGUAAUGCCAAUUUUGUUGAAAAAGACUUCCUUAUUCGACCAAAUAUUAAUUUACGAAGGUUAAAUGACGAAGCAGUUCCUAGUGUUUUUAAUUUUCUCAAAUGUUUAAUGAAACCUGUAAAAGAAAAUAGCAAUACUAAGAACUAA